UUGAAAUGCCGAUGAUUAUGUCUAAAUUAUUAAUAUAUUAUUUUCAUGUCCAAAUUAUAUUUUAUUGUAAACUUUUUUUUUUUUCUUUUAUUAGAGAAAAAUGGAAAUUGCCAUUAGUAGGCAAAUCAGACUAUGAUUUUGCUAUUAAUUGAUAUUUCUAUUUUCUCUAAAUAAUUUUUUUAGAAAAAGUUGCUAUGAUAAUUUUAGCGUUCAAAGGUUCAAUUCAGAUUUCAGACUUCUGAAACUAUUUCUCAAGCUCUCAACUUUUUCAUCAAUGGUGAGAAGAGAAACAAACCCAUUAAUUUACUUGUUCUCAUUCUGUAUAAUCUUCAUUGGGUUUUGUUAUUCCCAAACAGACACUAUAGAACAGGGUCAACAACUCAAACAUGGGAUGCAGUUGUUCUCAGCUUCUGGUAUUUUCAGGUUAGGAUUCUUCCAACUCGGCUCUUCUUCAAAAUCAAAUCUUUCAUACUUGGGAAUAUGGUACAACAACAAUGGACAUAACGAAAAACCAGUAUGGAUCGCAAACCGAAACAACCCAAUUCCAGACGAGUCAGGAACACUAAGAAUCGAUCAAAAUGGAAACUUGAUGAUUUCCCACAAAGCAGGACACCCCAUUAUUACUCUCUACUCUGUUCAAUCUCCGAUUAACGCCACAGCCACUCUGCUCGAUUCAGGCAACUUUGUUCUACGAAGUGAUGAUAUAACAGAGCCGUUGUGGCAAAGCUUUGAUUACCCUACUGAUACCCUUUUGCCUAAAAUGAAGCUUGGAUUUGAUAAGAGAAGAGGGACCAAUCGGACUCUGACUUCUUGGAGAACUGAUGAUUUUCCUGCUAUGGGUUCAUUCACUCUUGCUGUAGAUCACUCCAUUGGGUCAGAUCAAAUGAUCAUGUGGUGGAGAGGGAGUAAAUAUUGGACUAGUGGGCCAUGGAGAGAAGAAUCAGAAGGGUGUUUUGAUUCGUUUAAAGGAGAGUUUUGUAACCAUUACAAGUAUAAAUUUAGCUAUGUAUCGAAUGAGGAAGAGACUUACUUUAAUUACUCAGUUAGUAAGGAAAUCACUAUUUUCCCAAGACUUAGUUUGACCCCAAAUGGUGAAAUCGAGGGAUAUGGAAUGAAUGCCAUGUUUACACAAGUUUCAUGUUUGAGUUCUUCUUCUUCUUCUUCUUCUUCUUCUUCUUCUUCUUCUUCUUCUCCUUUGAGAUUUGGUUGCGUGGAGCUGAAGCUACCUUCCUGUAGAAACAGAUUUGAUAUGGAUAAUAGUAAUAAGUUUGUGUCAAAAUUAGGAGCCAUGUCUCAAACUGGAUUCAAGUUCAAUGAAAAAGAUAAUCUCACAAUCUUAGAUUGUUGGGAUAUUUGCUUACAGAAUUGUUCUUGUGUUGCUUAUGCUUCUACAAAUGAUGACAUUGGUACUGGUUGUGAGAUUUGGUCCAAAGAUUCCAGUUUUACUAAUAGCAAUUUGGUUGGUUUCAGAGAGAUUCGUCUCCUUGAAUCCACAGUGGAUAUGUGGUGGAUAUGGGUAACGGGUCUAACAGGAGGAACAGCUACUUUCCCAUUGUUGAUAUCUUCAUUGUAUAUUGUGUUGAGAAAAUGUAAGGCCAAAAGGAAUAGGCAAAGAAUGGAACAGGAUUUGUUAUUGCAAGAACUUGGCAAAGUUGGAGAACGUCAUAGUAAAGAUGGCAAUGAAUUGCAGUUAUUAAGCUUUGAAAUAAUUUCCUCAGCCACAAAUGGUUUCUCUGCAUCAAAUAAGCUAGGAGGGGGUGGCUUUGGACCUGUUUAUAAGGGUAAAUUAGUAGAUGGACAAGAAGUAGCAGUAAAAAGACUUUCAAAAAGUUCAAGACAAGGGCUAGUUGAAUUCAAGAAUGAAGUUUUACUCAUUGCCAAACUCCAACACACUAAUCUUGUCAGGCUUUUGGGAUUUUGUAUUGAAGGAGAGGAGAGAAGUCUCAUCUAUGAGUACAUGCCCAACAAAAGUUUAGACUUGUUUCUAUUUGAUGAAAGGAGAAGGAGUUUAUUGAGUUGGGAAAAACGGUUCAGCAUUAUUGGGGGUAUUGCUCAAGGACUAGUAUAUCUUCAUAAAUAUUCAAGGUUAAAAGUGAUUCACAGAGAUUUAAAACCAAGCAAUAUAUUACUUGAUAAAGAGAUGAAUCCAAAAAUAUCUGAUUUUGGCAUGGCUCGGAUAUUUGGAUUGAAUGUAUCAGAAGAAAACACAAACAGAGUUGUUGGAACAUAUGGCUACAUGUCCCCUGAGUACGCCAUUAAAGGCAUUGUAUCAGUAAAAACAGAUGUAUUCAGCUUUGGAGUGAUACUAUUAGAGAUUAUAAGUGGAAAGAAGAACAACAGUCGGUAUCAUACAGAGAAACCCCUCAAUCUUAUUGGAUAUGCGUGGCAGUUGUGGAGUGAAGGUAGAGUUGUUGAGUUAGUAGAUUCAUCACUAGCAAAAUAUAAGCUGAGUGAAGUAUUGAUUGGCAUUCAUAUUGGGUUGUUGUGUGUACAAGAGCGCCCAGAAGACAGACCAACUAUGCCAGAUGUUGUUUCCAUGAUACAUAGUGAUACUACUCUACUACCUUCCCCAAAACAGCCAGUCUUUUUCAUUAAUUAUUUACUUAUGGAAGAUUUAGAAGUUGGCUCACAAAAAAUUGACAAUUGUAGCUUAAACGACUUAACUUUGUCAGUUGUCGAAGCUAGGUAAAUAAAUAAAUAAAUAAAUAUCCCUUGCUUGGCUGAGCUUUUGAAACAAAAA